GAAGGGCCACCUCACGCAGAACGCCUUGGGCUGACUGACUGUUGCCUCCACGUCACAUAUUUCUUGUUUGAGGCAAGCCCAGCUACACUCGCCUCGGUCGUGGACGUCCCUGCUUCCGGCUUCCGACUUUUGUGGCGUGUUCCCUGAACCCCCGCCGUCGCCGUCGUCCCUUGCCGCCGACCCCGUCGUCGGUUCUUCUUCGUCCUUCUUCACCCUCCGCCUCGCCUCUGCCCGGAGGCGCAUCAGCAUGCGGCGACUGGCGCGGACGCUGUUCCUCCACGGACCGCUUCGUGACGCCGAAGUCCGGGCCUUGGUCCUGCCCAAGGACAAGGCGAGCCUCUGGGAUCCCGCUCUUCCCGCCUCUGCCCGAGGGGCGGUUCUCCCGGCGCAGGCCAAAGGCUUUGAGCUGACGUACCCGGCGGUGUUCUCCACCCCGCCUGGGCUGGGCAACGAGACUCUGGGCGGCGCCGGAUUCAGCGCGGCUGAAGAUCUGGCGCUCGAGGCCGAGAUGCCGGUCCCGCUGCCGCGGCCGGGCAAGCUGCUCAAGGGCGUUGUGCUCGCCGGUGCGUCGCAAGACGCGGUAGAGCGGCUGACGCACCUGUUUGGCGCCGAUGCCGUCGUCGCCCCGGUGGCUGUCCAGGCCGUCGUUCCGCAUCCGUUGCCCGGCGCGGCGGUGGCCGCCGCCACUGCCGCCGCUACUGCCGCCACUGCCGCCGCCACCGCAGUCGAAGCGGCACCCGUUGUGCAAUCUGGCGCGCUCCCCCAAGUUUUGACCCAGCUGGUUGGCCCGCUGGCUCCAUACUUGGUCGACUCGCUGCUGGCCAAGCAGCCGCCGCUCGCGCCCGAGUCCAAGCUCCGGCUCCGGCUGGACGCCUGGAUGCUCCGCCCGCACCCGCAGCUCCUUGCCGACGUCUCGGAAAUGCUCCGCAUCGCCAAGGAGUCGUCGCUCUCGCUCCGCAAGUGGCAUCUACACACCUGGCAUCCCGAGGCCCGCGCCGUCUUACUCCGUGAGCUCGCCUCGGCCGUCGCCACCCUCGACACCGCGCCCCCGCCGUCAGACCGUUCGCCGACUGCAGUUCGUGCUUAAACCAUCCAUCGGUUU